GUUUGUCGCUGGAUGGCAGAAGUGGCCCCUAGUUGAAACAGAUGGAGCUGCAGCUGGGAUCCUGAGCUGUGUGGGGAAGACGGACAGAUUUCAGCCAGCUAGCUUAGCAAUAAACUAACCUGGGUAACAACAGGGACUGAUAGUUCACAUUUUAAAAGCGGUGAUUAGGAUUACUUUGGCUGGGAAGAUGUCUAAACAAACGAGAGCAGCUCUGGCGUGAAGCUGACUGACUGUAGAAUGCGGCUGGGUUCGAUCCAGCAUUAUCUUUUGCUAGUGGUGGUCAUGAAGCUAACUAGCUAUAGGACGCACAAUUUUAUUCAGCUUAAACCAGUUCAAGAUAGGAUGCUAUGACAGUCUGUCAUUUGUAGUUGACACGGUUUGAGGAGUAGUUAUAAUUGUAUCUGAGGAACGGCGAGACGUUGAACUUUUUGCCGCAAACAAACAACCGGUGAGUGAAAAUCAAGUGCUCUCAUCGGGGAAUCAGCUGUCAGUGUGAUCAACACUAGGCCAUAUUUCAGUAUAACAAUCCGAUAUGCCUUUUGUGCAUUGUAGAUGAUGCAUUUCAUCAUAUCAUUUCUGUUCCUUGUUGCCAGUUAAAAAAGAAACAAAAGAAAGCUCCGCGGCUCAGUACAUCAGUCUUUCAGAUACGAUGUUGGUGAUUAGGUGACACACCGGUCUCCUCCUGAGCUGGUUUUGCUGUCUGUAUUAGGACUUGCUUUGUGCAUAGGCGAGAUGAGAAGAGGCUUCUCCCCAAAGACAAGACUCAACGCUCAUGCGAGGAAACUGCUGACUGCAUGAGAAUGAGCCAUGGUCCAUUUCACCCCAUCAUCCAAUGCAGACGCUUGAGAGCUCGAAGCAGCUUCGAUGCAGAAGAGCAGCACUGCAGCUCAGAGGACACGCACAGCACCGUCGACCUGAUUACCCAAAAGAUCAGUGCAUUAAUGCCUGAACCAGGCUUAUUUUUACCCCACAGUAUGUAGGACACCAUGUAAUGUCGGCAGGUUUUGUGUAAAAGAGUCAUCCUUGACGGUUUUGAUCUUCAAAUCGCUGUACAUUUACAUUUCCAUGAGACGUGAUCAAGAUGUCGGGGGAAAAUACGACUAUUAAAAAUCGCAUUAAAAACCUGCUCCGGUCUCCAUCCAUCAAACUGAGGAGAAAUAAACCAAGGAACAGCAAGGAGAACCUGGGCAAUAAGGUGACUCUUGAAAAGGUUUUGGGAAUUACUGCUGCAGGAAACCGUGCCUUGGCCUGUGACCAUCACUCAGGUUUGGUAGCAUACCCUGCAGGGUGUGUGGUGGUGCUCCUGAACCCCAAGAAGAAUAAACAGUAUCAUAUUCUUAACAACUCCAGGAAAACAAUCACCACUCUAGCUUUUUCACCAGAUGGCAAAUACGUGGUCACAGGAGAGAGUGGUCAUAUGCCAGCAGUUCGUGUGUGGGAUGUGGUGUCUAGAACUCAGGUAGCAGAGCUACAGGAGCAUAAGUACGGCGUGGCCUGCGUAGCUUUCUCCCCCAACAGCAAAUACAUCAUCAGUGUGGGCUACCAACAUGAUAUGAUUGUCAAUGUCUGGGCGUGGAAGAAAAAUAUACUGGUCGCUGCUAACAAAGUAUCCAGUAAAGUGACUGCCGUAUCAUUUUCAGAUGACAGCUCCUACUUUGUUACAGCAGGGAAUAGACAUGUCAAGUUUUGGUACCUGGACCACACCAAAGCCUCCAAGGUCAAUGCCACAGUGCCCUUACUGGGUCGUUCUGGGUUGUUGGGUGAGCUCAGGAAUAACUUCUUUAGUGAUGUGGCUUGUGGCAAGGGUCGGAAGGCCAGCAGUACUUUCUGCAUCACGUCUUCAGGCCUGCUGUGUGAAUUCAAUGAAAAGAGGCUGUUGGAUAAGUGGGUGGAGCUUCGGACUAGCUUAGCCACUGCUUUAUCUGUCACUGAAGAUCUGAUAUUUUGUGGCUGUGCUGAUGGAACUGUGCGAGCUUUCAACCCGGUCAACCUGCACUUCAUCUGCACUUUGCCCCGCCCACACAGCCUGGGCACGGACAUCGCCACUGUCACUGAUGCAAGCCACCUCUUCGCAUACAAAUUGGAUGCUCGGUACCCUGACACAGUGGCUGUGUCAUAUGACCCCACCAACCGCUGGCUAUCUAGUGUUUACAGUGAUCAUAGCCUGUACGUCUGGGAUGUUCGUGACCUUCACAAAGUGGGGAAAGUUUACUCUGCUCUGUAUCACUCCUCAUGUGUGUGGAGUGUGGAGAUUAACCCACAGAAAAGUGAAAGUGAGCGGUCCUGUCUCACUCCGGGAUCCUUCCUUAGCUGCUCUUCUGACAACACCAUCCGCCUUUGGAAUACAGAUGGAUACAGUGCCACAGUCCAGCACAACGUCAUCAGCAAUGACCUCCAGAAAAUUAUUUAUAUAGACAAUAAUAUCGGAGCUUUGUUGGAUCCCGACUGCACAAUCUCCAGCAAUACAGAUAAAGCCGAUCCACAGACCUCUGAGAACAGGACUGGCAUUAGGACCAUGUGUGUCAGCCCAGAUGGUCAGCACCUGGCAUCAGGGGACCGCAAUGGAAUACUAAGGAUCCAUGAGUUACAGAGCAUGGAAGAGAUUCUGAACGUUCAGGCUCAUGAUUCAGAGAUCCUGUGUCUGGAGUAUUCAAAGCCUGAGACAGGAUUGAGCCUGUUGGCCACAGCAAGCAGAGACAGGCUGAUCCAUGUUCUUGAUGCUCAGUGCGAGUAUGGCCUAGUGCAGACACUUGAUGAACAUUCCUCCUCCAUCACUGCAGUGCGGUUUGCUGCAAAUGAUGGCAAAAUCAGAAUGAUCAGUUGCGGUGCUGACAAAAGUAUCUACUUCCGCACAGCACAUAAGACAGAUGAAGGAAUCAUGUUUACACGCACCCACCAUAUUGUUAGGAAGACCACUUUGUAUGAUAUGGAUAUUGAUCCCCUGCACAAAUACGCUGCUGUUGGCUGCCAGGACCGCAGCAUCAGGAUUUUUAACAUCAGCAAUGGCAAACAGAAGAAAAUAUAUAAGGGCUCUCAGGGGGAGGAUGGCACUCUCAUUAGGGUCCAGAUGGAUCCAUCUGGGAUGUACGUGGCUACUAGCUGCUCAGACAAAAACAUCAACAUUUUUGAUUUUUACACUGGGGAGUGUGUAGCCACCAUGUUUGGGCACUCUGAGAUCGUAACUGGGAUGAAGUUUACCAAUGACUGCAAGCACCUGAUAUCAGUGUCAGGGGACAGCUGCAUCUUUGUGUGGAGACUGAAUCCAGAGCUGACCAUCAAUAUGAGACAAAGACUUACUGAUAUUAAACAGAAGCGCAAACCUGGAGAGAAAAGUCCACCUGUCAAACAUCCAGUCAGCACUAGGAGAGAGGUGCUUCGUGUCCCAGCUGUAGGCAUCAUGUCCUCAGACAGUGAUAAAGAUCUUGAGGAAGAGGAGGGUAUCGAAGAGGAGGAUGAAUACAAUUCUACUCAAAUAUCUUCAGGCAGCAGCACAGGGGAAGAGACUGGAUCUUCAGAAGAGAAGCAAGACAAGAUACGAGAGAUGGGAAAUAUUUAUGACAGCAGUUCAGCGAGUGAGAACUCUGGCCCAAGGCAAAGGCGACAGUGGUCCAGGCGAAUUGGUAACAACAAGGAUUUGGUGGUGAAGUCCAUGCUGGACCUGAGGCAGCUUGAGUCCUAUGCUAAGUCCCCUGGUGUGAACCAAGAGCUAGCACUGCAUCCAGAUCUAGAUCUUGGCAGUACUGUCAGCCUACAGACUAUCACUGGAUGGGUGGAGAAGGCAGAAGUCUCGCCUGUCCAAAGAGGACACACACGUCCUCAUUUCAUCCCACUGUCUCCUCAGAUGCCAGACACAGAGGCUAUGGUGCUUUAUCCUGAGGGCUGUGAGGACAGAGUGAGCCUGGCAGGCAGUGAGUAUCAGGUGAAGGAGUUAGCCCAUGGUGUGAGGUUGCUUCAAGGAAAUCCAUGUCCUGAGAAGCAGAGCCCUGACAGCGCAUGUUCAAUGGAUUAUUCCAACAGCCAUCUCUCUAGCCCAGAUCAACCAGGAGAAGACUCUGAACCCACUGAGCCACUGAGUGUGGAUGGAAACUCAUCUGAGCUAGACAUGGAAGACCUAGAAGAAGAAGAGGAGGAGGCACUGAGGAAGACAUCUGAAAUUUGUUGCUUUGUACCGGAGACUCCAGACCAAGAAGCUUUCCUUAAAAAAAACUUUGCAAACCUGUCAGACUUCAGCACCUCAGGAGGUCCAACUUCUCCUCUUCAGCCAACAAUCACUGACAGUGUCAGCAUCUCAUCAAAGUUUCUCAAUGGCUCCACUGGCUGCAGGCAGGCGUUUGUUUCCCUUUCAAAGAAAAAUCCUGAGAGUAAGGUUGCCAAUGAAUUGGUGCAUCCCCCGGUUUUCGAGGUGCAUCCUUUAAUGGAGGACCGAAAACAAAGCGCCCCACAAGAACUCCAGAAACUUAAAAGGCCUUCAGUUCUUUACUUAUCCCCAGAGAAGAAACGAAUUCCUGUAGAAAUUUCUGCUGAUUCUCUGGCUGCCUCAGCUGGCAUGAGGAAAGCUCAGUCCAUUCACAGCAUCUCUGCAGAUGCUGACAUGCCUCAGGCAUCUACACGUCUUUCUGAAGAGAUUCCGCCUCAUUCCCCCGAGCGUGCGCCACCAUCCACACCUCGGCGCACAAUUGCCAGUGUGCCUCUCUCCAGCCCAACGUCUUCCCAGCCCAGGGACUGCCCUACACCCACUAAGUCCAAGUCACGCUCGUACAUGAGCCCCACCACUAGUUCUAUUGCCAAGAUGUCACGCUCUAUGUCCAUGGGGGACAACCUAAACAUGAGUGGGCUCAGUGAAGUACCUACAGCCUUGGACACCAACCGAAGUUCAGGAUCAGACGCUUCCAACCUUCGCAAUGCUUGUCGCAGCAAGCCCUCAUCACCAAUAGUGCCACUUCCCUCUUCAUCUAUUGGCUCUCCCCCUCGUGGUGCUAUUUUACCCACCAUAAGUGGUGCCUCCACUCCUAACUCUUCUUCUAAAGGCAUCCAGGCCAAAUUACCAAGCAGCAUCCGUCCACAGCUCCACCUGGACAUAUCCAAACCUCUCCCAGAUAAGCCUUCCAUGGCCUCCUUCUCUCCAAACAGCAAGAAUACCAAGCUUGGUCACAAGGAAGAUCUUGGUAACAGGACUCCAGUACAUGUACUCCCCCUGCCAGGACCAGAACAGUCUCAUUCCAGCAGCAUUCAGCCAAUCACAUACUCAGUACCUACUGAGACCAGGCAACCAGAGGAACAGGAACUCAAUAUUGAGGAGUCUAAAGAACCAGAGAAGAUACAGGGAAAAGAUACAGACCUGGAGGAGACUCAGGUCAAGCAAUCAAAUGAGAACCAGGGCACCACAGUUUGUAUGCAGGCAUCCAGUCAAGCCCAGGAUUCAGGUUUGCUGGGCUUUCACUCCUCUCUUGUUUUUUCAUCUCCACCUCUGCGCCUGGGUCUGCACAAAAACUUCUUUACCAGCAGGCUCUGGUAUCUCUCUCCUUUCAUCUCUUCCAUCACUUCUACCAUGUUCUCCUCUUCACCCUGUCCCUCCAUUAACCAUUUCCAACUGCAGGAUGCAUCUCUCAGUAUGGAGUCAUGCAGACUUGCAGCUAGUGAACUUCAAAACAGUUUUAAAAAGGCCUGCCACUUCUACAGGAUGCUGAACAGUUCCACAGACCAGAGGCAGGAGCAUCAGAAUAUGACUCAAGUGCUGACUGAGGCGUUUGAGGCUGUACAGGCUGAGUUGAACUUACUGCCAUAUGAUAAAGAAAGCAGCUCCAGCAGCAGCUCAGUGUGUGUGCUGGGCAGUGGAGCAGGUGGUGUGGGCGAGGAACGAACAUUGGCAUUGUUGGAACAGUAUUCACAGCUUCUCCUCAGAGCUGUGGAGAAGAGAAUGGACAGCAAAGUCUGACAUGCACCUCUUUCGGUUUAUUAGAUUAUUCAAACUGAGGCUGGAACCCAAGCCAUGACUCUGAGCAGAGUUUUUUUAAUAAGCAGAUUCUAAAUCCACAAUUGAUUGAAGUGUGGAGUUCUCUUUCUUUUCCCUAAACACUACCAGCACAGAUGGACAGGCUCAGUCUCACAGGCAUGGCCAUAUUGCACUAUAGACUGUAAUCUCAUCGGCCUACCUCCUUUUUUUUAGUGUGUUACUACAGCAACCAUAUACUCAUAGCCAAAAAGGGGCCCUUUUAUCAUUUAUUAUUAUUAUACCGUAUCUGGAUGUUCGAGAAUAGGAGCAACGACUGAGCAAAUGGACUUUAUCGGAGAUGAGCUGCAGUUUGUCCACCACCAAGAUGGAGAUCAGCUAAUAUUACAAAGCCGCAAGAAAAUGUGAUUGUGUUUUAUUCAGAACAUUAUUUUCUAUCUUUCUAUCUCUUUUAGAAAUAAUCCUGAUGUUUGCUCAUUUAUUUCUUCCACAAUGGAGUGCUUUUUUUUUAUAGAGCAUGUGUUUUUGCAGAUGUGUGACUGUAUUUAUUCAAGUGUCAUUGGUCAAUAACAAGGGUUACAGCUCUUAAGUGUGUUGUACAGUAAAUGUGUUUUCAUACAGGAUACCCUUAAUGUCAGUACAGUUCCUUAAGGAGGACCCAGAAUGGCAGCAUCCAAAUUUAAUACAGGAACCAUGACAAUUUUGUACAUUUUGUAAUUCUGACAGAAAAUGUCGCAAGUGAUUGGGUGCCUUAUUUUAUAACCAGCAAAUAGGAUAUUUCUAAUUCAUUAAUAUGCUUUCAAUGCUGAAAGGAUGCUGUUUCUCAGUGGAAGAUUUUCCAGUAGAUUGGGCUCAACUGCUAAAAAAAACAAAACAAUGGAAUAAGACAACUUGCAAAGGGAAUGUUGCUUUUAAAAUUACUAAUCAGCUGAGCAGAACUAAAACUGAACACUGAGAAACUUUUUUUUUUUUUACUUUUGAAUGAAUUGAAUUAGCUUUUGAUAAAGGUGGAAUUAAGUCUUAUAUUCAGGUUUCUGUCCCUCUUCUUAAAGCUGACACUGAUGUACAAUAAAGCACUUUGUUUUCUAAAGUAAUAACAUUGUGAUACCAUAAGAAUACUGUAUUUGUGCUAGUUGUCUGUCUGCUGUAUAUUGUUCAGACUUUCACAUACUGUUAUAGAACAUGGUGCUUGUGCUUAGUACAGUUAACAAAGUGGUGUAAACCAGUUUAGUACAAUGAACUGGAUACCAAAUAAAUUUAUAUGAUCCUCCAUCCUGAACCAGCCUCAACCCCUAAUGUCAGGAUUUUUAAAUAUAAAUGCUUACAAUGAACAUUAAAAUGUGCAUGAUGAGACAAUGCAGUUCUUAUACUUUAUAAAGUAAUUUGUAAUCACGUGAUUAUAAUCAUUUAACUGAACUGAGUGAAUUUAAAGUGUAGAGUAAAUGUACAGUACAGAGACAUUGGUAGGAGAGUAACUUGACUGCUAGCAUGACAAAACUGUAUGCAUGAGGAGAAGAGGUUCACUGGAUCCUGAACUAGAGUGCAUGGUUGUAUUUCUGGCUUUUUUAAACAAUCAUCCAAUGCUUUGCUAUUCAGCACUAUAUAUGUAACUACCUUUGCUUUUCUCAAUCCCGUGAAAGCAAAUCACAAAGCCAGCAUUAAACAUGAAUGAAAAUA